CUAUAUUAUAUAAGAAGGGAAUAAUAACUAACUGACACGCUCUCUCUCUCUCUCGCUUCAUUUCCUUUCCUGCUCUUCCUCUGCGCUUCUCUCAAAUCUCAGAUAGAUCAGUCUAGAAGAUCUCUUUCGUGUUCUGUCUCUUUCUCUGUACCUGAUUUACCGGUUAAAGUGAUUAGUACGUGAAGAAUCCACCUACAGCUUUAACGAUGGUUUCCUUUGAAUUGAAUGACCGUAAAAAGAUUGGAUUAGGCUUGACUGGAUUUGGCAUAUUUUUCUCAUUCUUAGGAAUUAUCUUCUUCUUUGACAAGGGAUUUCUUGCCAUGGGAAAUAUCCUUUUCAUCUCUGGAGUCAGUCUCACUAUUGGACCAAAGUCUACCAUGCAAUUCUUCAUGAAACGCCAGAAUUUUAAGGGAACUAUUUCAUUUGGUGCUGGCUUCUUCUUUGUGGUCAUAGGAUGGCCAGUUAUUGGCAUGAUUUUGGAAGCAUAUGGUUUCAUUGUUCUCUUCAGUGGUUUCUGGCCAACACUGGCAGUAUUCAUUCAGAAGAUACCAAUUCUUGGAUGGGUGUUCCAACAGCCUUUUGUGAGAUCAUUUUUUGAUCGAUAUCGGGGCAAAAGAGUGCCCGUGUAGAUGCAGUGUCAGAAGGAAGUGCAACUGAACUCCAAAAUCCAGACUGGCCAACAUCCUAGCAUUUGUAAAAAAAGGAAAAA